GAAGUUUUCAGUGAACUGAAGAGAGAAAUUACAAGCAUGCACUUAGUGCAAAAUUUUGGGCUCAUUAUUUGGUGUUGCUUCCUUCUCAUCAUGCUGUCCUUCGCUGCGGACAAUCAAAAUGCAGAUGUCAUCAAACACUGCAUGAAUUCCACCAAUUCAACGUCUUGCAGUUUAACAUAUGAGCACGUCUACAAAAGCUUAACAAAGAAUGAGAACAGUUUUAACAUAUCCCAUGCCUUGUAUCCUGAAGGAGGAAAGCCAUCAUUUCUUGUCAGAGUAAAUGUUUAUGGGCCCAAUAAAACACACAACUCUACACCAGCACAGUUUCUCUGGAGUAUACACUGUCUGUUUUCUAAUGUUCCUGGAUGGCUGCUUGAAAUAUUGUCUCUUGGCUCCAUUAUUGUGACGUCUAGAACACAAGAGCUCGACGUACAAAUUCCUGCAUUUUGUUGCCACUUAUCAGAGAACAUAGAGAAAAGAGAGGAAAUGAUACAAGGAUUUCUUACAAGGGCAGUAUUUGAAGUAAGUGCAGAUUUUGUCCGAAUAAGUAAAGGUCGCCCUGUACUUUUGCGGGGGUGGUGGGGGAAGGGGGGUUAUCCUGGGCAUUCUUGGUGGAGCGUGCCGCCCGGUUCUCCAAAUCUCCAAAUCUCCAAAAUUUCGCACUAACCCUGGGUUACCGAGGGGUUAUCUUAACCCGGAACCCAGCUUCAAACAACCCGGCCCAGACCUCUAAAAUCCAUACCCGUCUUCAGAUCUGGCCUUUAGACAGAAAUUAUGCUAUCAUUAGUUAGAUUAGAGCGCAAACAAAACAUUCUUCAAAUCCGCAAUUUCGAAUUCGCACAUUUCUCUUUCUUUCUUACUGAUUUUGAAUUGAACGAUAAACCACGUUCAUACACAACCUCGUUCCCAGGGUUCUCUCCUACCCGCCCUACGGAGCUCCGUAGGGCGGGUAGGAGAGAACCCUGGGAACGUGGUUGGUUCAUACACUCCCGUAGUUCCCUCAAGAACCAUACCCGAUCCCAGACGAAAAUGGGCAAAGUGUACAGACGUUUUCAUACCAAAACGGCGCAAAAACACCAAAAAAACCCGAUGGGGCGGCACAUACCUAUACAGCUUAUAAAAGGGAGUACCCCCAGGGCUGUACUGUGAAAAUUGCUUAACAGUUAUUAUUAUUCAUUCAAAACAUUUCGCAGCUCCUAAUUAGCUAAAAGCACGCGCAUAAUUCACCAUAACCAGCUACUAUUGACCAGAUUUGGAAGCAUUUCUAAUUAAUCAACCGAUGACGUCAAAAGUGCUGCACAGUUGCAGGUUAAUGCACUGUUAAGGUGACUCGACCCAGUUUUUUUGGGGGGGGUACCAUCCUACUUUGAAGCUCUCUGGUAUCCCCACCUUUACUUUUAUCGUAAGUCUAACACAUAGAAUGGAUAACAUAUAGAUCAAUCUGCAAUAUAACAUAAAAUUUUUGGCGAUCGGAGUAAAUGUCACGUGGUUAUAAUGCCACGCCCCUUUGUGGUCUGAGUCGAAAAUCGGCUGUUGCCUGCAUUCUUUCGUGAAAAUCUCUCGGCUACACAUAGUGCGCAUUAGUGCCUUGCGCUGAACAGAGUUUCACCGAAAUCGCAAAGACCCAAUUCGAGAAAUUCAGCGGUUUCCAAAAUUAAGGUCAUGAUUUAUGCGAAAAUGAUAAGCAAACUUUACACCGAUUAUAUAUCAUAAACUAUGAGAUUCAUCUCUUUAUUUUGGGCAUCAUUAUAACAGAUGGGUCCUUGCAAGUCAGCAAAACGCUUUAGGGCCUUGUAAAUGCGCGCGAUUUUGAGCAAAGCAAACAUAUAGAAAUUAUAGUUUUCGCUAUUUGUUGACGUUUGUCAGCGUUUAAGAGUCCUUCUCACGAAAAAAGCAUUUUCUUAAAAAUUCGUAGCUUUUUUUCCUUCAAAUUUUUUCAGGGCCACAAUUGAUUAACUAACUACCCGGACUCUGAAUUUCAUGGUCAUUGAAAAAAUGUGACAUUAUCUUCUCUAAGCUCAAACUUGAGUAAACAUUGAAGAUUGUUAGCGUUUUGGCUGAGUUUUGGCUGAGUUUCGCUUGGCUGACUUCCGAAUGCUCACAUUCGGAAGUCAGCCAAGCGUGGUCAUUGCACGCGUGCUGAACAAGAAUGCUGUAUAAUGACAGACUAGAAACAAUAGACAACUCCCAAAGCACAAACUCAGCCAAAACGCUAAAAAUCUUCAAUGUUUACUCAAGUUUGAGCUUAUAGAAGAUAAUGUCACAGUUUUUCAAUGACCAUGAAAUUCAGAGUCCGGGUAGUUAGUUAAUCAAUUGUGGCCCUGAAAAAAUUUGAAGGAAAAAAAACUACGAAUUUUUAAGAAAAUGCUUUUUUCGUGAGAAGGACUCUCAAACGCUGACAAACGUCAACAAAUAGCGAAAACUAUAAUUUCUAUAUGUUUGCUUUGCUCGAAAUCGCGCGCAUUUGCAAGGCCCUAAAGCGUUUUGCUGACUUGCAAGGACCCAUCUGUUAUAACUAUGCCCAAAAUAAGGAGAUGAAUCUCAUAGUUUAUUAUAUAUAAUCCGUGUAAAGUUUGCUUAUCAUUUUCGCAUAAAUUAGGACCUUAAUUUGGAAACCGCUGAAUUUCUCGAAUUGGGUCUUUGCGAUUUUGGUGAAACUCUGUUCAGCGCAAGGCACUAAUGCGCACUAUGUGUAGCCGAGAGAUUUUCACGAAAAAAUGCAGGCAACAGCCGAUUUUCGACUCAGACCACAAAGGGGCGUGGCAUUAUAACCACGUGACAUUUACUCCGAUCGCCAAAAAUUUUAUGUUAUAUUGCAGAUUGAUCUAUAUGUUAUCCAUUCUAUGUGUUAGACUUACGAUAAAAGUAAAGGUGGGGAUACCAGAGAGCUUCAAAGUAGGAUGGUACCCCCCCCAAAAAAACUGGGUCGAGUCACCUUAACAGUGCAUUAACCUGCAACUGUGCAGCACUUUUGACGUCAUCGGUUGAUUAAUUAGAAAUGCUUCCAAAUCUGGUCAAUAGUAGCUGGUUAUGGUGAAUUAUGCGCGUGCUUUUAGCUAAUUAGGAGCUGCGAAAUGUUUUGAAUGAAUAAUAAUAACUGUUAAGCAAUUUUCACAGUACAGCCCUGGGGGUACUCCCUUUUAUAAGCUGUAUAGGUAUGUGCCGCCCCAUCGGGUUUUUUUGGUGUUUUUGCGCCGUUUUGGUAUGAAAACGUCUGUACACUUUGCCCAUUUUCGUCUGGGAUCGGGUAUGGUUCUUGAGGGAACUACGGGAGUGUAUGAACCAACCACGUUCCCAGGGUUCUCUCCUACCCGCCCUACGGAGCUCCGUAGGGCGGGUAGGAGAGAACCCUGGGAACGUGGUUGGUUCAUACACUCCCGUAGUUCCCUCAAGAACCAUACCCGAUCCCAGACGAAAAUGGGCAAAGUGUACAGACGUUUUCAUACCAAAACGGCGCAAAAACACCAAAAAAACCCGAUGGGGCGGCACAUACCUAUACAGCUUAUAAAAGGGAGUACCCCCAGGGCUGUACUGUGAAAAUUGCUUAACAGUUAUUAUUAUUCAUUCAAAACAUUUCGCAGCUCCUAAUUAGCUAAAAGCACGCGCAUAAUUCACCAUAACCAGCUACUAUUGACCAGAUUUGGAAGCAUUUCUAAUUAAUCAACCGAUGACGUCAAAAGUGCUGCACAGUUGCAGGUUAAUGCACUGUUAAGGUGACUCGACCCAGUUUUUUUGGGGGGGGUACCAUCCUACUUUGAAGCUCUCUGGUAUCCCCACCUUUACUUUUAUCGUAAGUCUAACACAUAGAAUGGAUAACAUAUAGAUCAAUCUGCAAUAUAACAUAAAAUUUUUGGCGAUCGGAGUAAAUGUCACGUGGUUAUAAUGCCACGCCCCUUUGAGGUCUGAGUCGAAAAUCGGCUGUUGCCGGCAUUCUUUCGUGAAAAUCUCUCGGCUACACAUAGUGCGCAUUAGUGCCUUGCGCUGAACAGAGUUUCACCGAAAUCGCAAAGACCCAAUUCGAGAAAUUCAGCGGUUUCCAAAAUUAAGGUCAUGAUUUAUGCGAAAAUGAUAAGCAAACUUUACACCGAUUAUAUAUCAUAAACUAUGAGAUUCAUCUCUUUAUUUUGGGCAUCGUUAUAACAGAUGGGUCCUUGCAAGUCAGCAAAACGCUUUAGGGCCUUGUAAAUGCGCGCGAUUUUGAGCAAAGCAAACAUAUAGAAAUUAUAGUUUUCGCUAUUUGUUGACGUUUGUCAGCGUUUGAGAGUCCUUCUCACGAAAAAAGCAUUUUCUUAAAAAUUCGUAGUUUUUUUUCCUUCAAAUUUUUUCAGGGCCACAAUUGAUUAACUAACUACCCGGACUCUGAAUUUCAUGGUCAUUGAAAAAAUGUGACAUUAUCUUCUCUAAGCUCAAACUUGAGUAAACAUUGAAGAUUGUUAGCGUUUUGGCUGAGUUUUGGCUGAGUUUCGCUUGGCUGACUUCCGAAUGCUCACAUUCGGAAGUCAGCCAAGCGUGGUCAUUGCACGCGUGCUGAACAAGAAUGCUGUAUAAUGACAGACUAGAAACAAUAGACAACUCCCAAAGCACAAACUCAGCCAAAACGCUAAAAAUCUUCAAUGUUUACUCAAGUUUGAGCUUAUAGAAGAUAAUGUCACAGUUUUUCAAUGACCAUGAAAUUCAGAGUCCGGGUAGUUAGUUAAUCAAUUGUGGCCCUGAAAAAAUUUGAAGGAAAAAAAGCUACGAAUUUUUAAGAAAAUGCUUUUUUCGUGAGAAGGACUCUCAAACGCUGACAAACGUCAACAAAUAGCGAAAACUAUAAUUUCUAUAUGUUUGCUUUGCUCGAAAUCGCGCGCAUUUGCAAGGCCCUAAAGCGUUUUGCUGACUUGCAAGGACCCAUCUGUUAUAACUAUGCCCAAAAUAAGGAGAUGAAUCUCAUAGUUUAUUAUAUAUAAUCCGUGUAAAGUUUGCUUAUCAUUUUCGCAUAAAUUAGGACCUUAAUUUGGAAACCGCUGAAUUUCUCGAAUUGGGUCUUUGCGAUUUUGGUGAAACUCUGUUCAGCGCAAGGCACUAAUGCGCACUAUGUGUAGCCGAGAGAUUUUCACGAAAAAAUGCAGGCAACAGCCGAUUUUCGACUCAGACCACAAAGGGGCGUGGCAUUAUAACCACGUGACAUUUACUCCGAUCGCCAAAAAUUUUAUGUUAUAUUGCAGAUUGAUCUAUAUGUUAUCCAUUCUAUGUGUUAGACUUACGAUAAAAGUAAAGGUGGGGAUACCAGAGAGCUUCAAAGUAGGAUGGUACCCCCCCCAAAAAACUGGGUCGAGUCACCUUAAUUAAGACCAAGAAGAUCUGGGGACGAGGUUAAGUUUGGUUGUGAAAAGAAAAAUGGCCGAACAGUCGGCGGGACAUUUUACUCGUUUCAAGACGAACUAUUGUUUGAAAACAUAGCAAGAAGACAACUCGAUGGACAACAUCUGCUAUUUGGAGUAUAUUUCCCGACCUGAACAGCCCUUUAUUAUCUUCUAUACAUGCACUAUCGAGGUGAUCUUAACAUCGACGAAGGUAAGGGUUGUUAGUAAACCCUAUAACGGCGUAACGGGUAACGGCGUAACGAGAAACAGCGUAACGAGUUUUUUUUUCUUUUUUCUCUGAAACCCGAUUUCUUCAAACUAUUGAGCAAGAUAAAAAUCUUACCUAAAUCGUUUUGUCCUAAAAAGAUAUCCUCACCUUGCAUCUUUGAUGAGAUGAUAAAAACGUUUACGUUUGCGAACGGGAAAGUAAAACUCUUUUUAACCUGGGGCAGCUAAUCGAACGAAACUGAAGCAAAGAUUAAUCGAACUCAAUCGAACCCAAUCAGUCGGAUUGUUGUUCGAUUGGUUCGGUAAACGAACAUAAUCGAUCGAACUGGACCUUUUCAGUGAGUUCGAUUAAUCGAACUCGUGAGCUCAAUUACCGAACUCAAUCGACGCGAUUAGUUCAAUUUUGUUCGGCAGAAGGACAAAACGCAUCCACUGCAUCCAGUUUCAAUUGAAUCGGAAACAUCUGUGAUCAUCUCUCCAGUAUGUGUGGGAAGCAGUUUCCAAAAAAAUAUUUCAGUUAACCUAGAAUGAACUAUAAAAUCUUUAUGGUUUAAGUGAUUCAAAUUCGAUAAAUUCACAGUUAAUACGGAGGGACAUGAACGGCACAGCUGACGGCACAGUAAAACCAUGUAAAGUGUCUUUCCCGGGACAAUACCGACCAGGGUAUUCUUUAUCAGCUACUUUGUUCUCCUACUUACGUACACUUGUGUAAAUGCCUUAUAUAGCGUGAAAUAAAGAAAUUGGAUAGGAGCACGUCCGUUGAAGUCACUGUUACCGCUACUUCAGUGCAAGAGAAGCAUGGACGCGCACAAGUCCGCGCUUCUAUUUAUAAACGGGCGUCGAAAUAAAGUGGAUCUCAUUUUGUCAAGAGCGUCUACAUUCGCGCCGCUAAAACACAGCUAAAAACAUACCAACCGCUGAUCGAUAAUGCAUAUUUAUCGGGAAGUUUAGAAGAUGAUAAGGUCUGCUCGGGUCUGCAAAUAUACUCCAAUACAAAUAGCAGAUGUCCGUCGAGUUGUCGUCUUACUGUUCUUGCGUUUAGACAAUAUUCCCCCAUAAAAAGAGUGAAAUGUUCCGCGACAGUUCCGCCAUUUUGUUCUUACUACCAAAAUAACUCAACCUCGUCCUCAGGUUUUCUCGGUCAACGGUUCAAUAACCUGCCAGGUAACCUGAUAACCUGCAAAAGGCUGCUUUUUAAAGUCAUUUUGACGUCGUCGGUUCAAUAUCGUAAAUUAUGUGUGUGGUUUUAACCAAUCAGAAACGGGGAAAUAUUUUAAAUGAAUAAUAAAUUAGCAAUCAAUGAAUUCGGCUUUUGUAGGAUAUGAAGACAAGCAGAUCUCGGAGGGUGUUAUCAACCUCAGCCUUCGGCCUCGGUGGAUAACACCCUCCGAGAUCUGCUUAAUUCUUCAUAUCCUACGAAAGCCGAAUUCACUAAUUGAUUUAUUAUUCACUCAAAAUAAUUCCUAGUUUAAAAACAUAGUUAAAACAUUCUUACCUGCAUCGAUGUCAAGUUCAUCUUCGAUAGUGUACGUUUAGGUUUGUCCAGCUCCGCAAAUAUUCUCCAAAUAGCAGAUAUCGCCCUCCGAGUUGUCUUCUUGCCGUUUCUGCUAUGUUUUUAGCUAUUAUUUCGCCUAGUUGCAGCUGUAGUUCUUACUCUUGAAACGAGUGAGGUGUCGGCCUUUUUUGUUUUCACAACCAAAACAACUCAACCUCGUCCCCAGGUCUUCUCGGUUAACGGUGCAUUAACCUGUAGCGGGCUACAUUUUUGAUGUCAUUUCCUCGUUAAACACAAAAUUCUUCCAAAUUUGGUCAUCAGUAACUGGUUAUGGUGAAUUAUGCGUGUGCUUUUAGCCAAUCAGAAUUGUGCAAAUAUCUCUGAACAAUUAUGCAGAUCGAGGAGCUGGGUGGCCGAUGUGGAAAUUAAAACAGCCUCGACUCCGAGAACUACAUAAUUUUUCAUAUCAAACGAAAGCCAAAAUCAAUGGCUGUUUUAUUAUUCAUUUAAAAUAUUUCUAGGUUUUUAACAUCAUUACCACCUUGUAGCGUUUCUUCAAAACAUUUUCCUGUUAAUCAUGCUCAUGCUGACACUUGAACAGGUGUUGGUUCCUUGCAGAUACUCCUCAAAACGCAGAACACAUCUACCGAGCAUACAUACAUUUUUUAAUAUUCUUGCAUUUGUUCCGUUCACUUUCUAUAAUUCGGCUAUUUAGUCCCGCUUACGUUAGCUGCGAGACUCUAAAAAUACAACCAUUUCUUUUUCCUUUUUUGUGUGCGUGCGCCAAGAGGGAAGUCAUAGUCCCAGGCGGUCGUAGCGGAGACUGUGGAAACUGGGGAUAAGAUUGGCGGCAUGACGAAAGCCAUAGUACACAGAAAGCUCGUUCAGGAAAUAUUAAUGCGACAGGACUUCUCCAAGGGUGGCGGGUGACGGAUGUCGGGUGAUGGGUGACAGGUGGUGGGGAUAAUAAUAAUGAAAAUUAUGAUAAUCAAUAAAAGUUAAUAAUAAUAUCCUUAUUAAUAAUGAACGCAAAUCACUGUAACUUUUCUUUUUGUUGAUCUACAGCUGCAAGAUCUGGCUGUAAGUCCGAAUAUUCGGGAUCCAUCUUUGAACACAGCUCAAUGUGUUAUACAGGGUUAUAAAGGUAAAUUCUUUGACUCCCCAGGAAAUAUUGGUGGAAUGUUAAUGGCAGGUAGUUUGUUUGCAAAUUGCGCUGGCACUAUUUUCAUUUGGGCGAUAGUCGACAUGAGAAAAAAUAACAGAUCAAGUGGCAGGAAGAUUAAAAACACGGUAACUGCCAUGUGUGUUUCGAUUCAUUUCUUGUCAGUACUAUGCAUUUUAUGUUUUAUUGUUGCCUGUGGAUUGGCUUUUCGUUUUUCUGAAGAUUUUUCUUUGUUAUCUAGCUUAGCUUCUGUAAUUAUAUAUGCUGUCCCCUCAACCUUUUUUUAUUAUAUAUUAAUGCACCGCUUAUCAUUUUCCUAUGUUAAUUGUAAACGCGGUAUUAAAGCAAUAUUUUGCCUAUUAUGUACAUUUGGAGGACAUACGAUAUGCUAUAUAAGUUGCUGGCUUGUAAUUGGGAUAAGAAUCAAUCCGUCAUGGGGUUUAACUAUUGCUCUCUUUAUCAUUUCUAUUUUCGCUGCAUUUACUUACGUAGUGUACCUUUACCUGGAUGUAUUUUACCCAAACGGUUAUAACAUGAGAGAGCUUGGAGAAAAUACACUUCAAGACUUUUUAUGGGGAACUUAUACUUUGUCUGACAACCGCCCAAACGAUAAUGAUGACCAAAACCGAGUUACUGCGCUUUUUAAGUUCCUUGCUUUAUCGGAACGCUUCAGAGGCAGCAGGGCUAAAUUUUUUUGUAUGCUUGGAUGUACUGCUGUGGGGUCUAUUUUUGUCGUGGUAAUUUUAGCAGGGCCCUCAUUUGGUGGACAGACUAGUGCUGCAGACGAACUCCUUAAAACCUCCUCUUUGUAUUUUAUUACUGCAUUUAUAACUUGGGCUACUUUGAAGAAGCACGCUUCUAUCUAUGCUCCCCUCCAAAAGGAAAGAGCCCAAAAUGCUGAAGGACAGGACACUGACCACCACACUGGAGACCACCCCGGUGGCGAGUUUGGCACCCUUGUUCAAAAUAACUAUUACUACUAUCAUUAUUAUCAUGGUGACAGGCGCGUGUCUUACGAACACUCGUACACUUUUACGCGCGAAACAAGAGUGUAGAAAUACAAGUUGUUUGAUAGAAAAUGCACGCAAAUUCUGACCAUUGAUUACUAUUAACGUUCGAGUCCUUUGAACUUGAAGUAUAUUUUAGAGUAAUAAAUAUGCUGAUUUGGUAUAAAACUUCUAUUAUAUGUCCAGAAUUGCACGAUUUGGCGAAAAUGGCGAGUUUGGCGAAAAUUCGUCAAGUUUUUGCGAAAACUCCAUUGUAAUGGCAAAAGGAAAGUGGUGAUUUUGACGAAAAUGGCGAAUUUGGCGACGAUUCUCCAAAGUUUUAGUGAGCUACUAGUUGCGUAAAAAGUUGCAAUUAAACUGAUGAGUUGAGUGCGUUCUGUAGAAACUUGAAUAAUACUUCGGUUCGGUCGUUAAGUAAUUUUCUUUAGCUCAAAGGGUUGGUCAUGGUGAAGACAAUUUAAUCCGCUCCAUUUUGUAGUAUAAUAGUAUAUUAUUAUAUCCCGUAUGUAGAACUGACUACCAGCAUUCUUAAAGAAUACACAAGAUGUGGCAUCUUUUCGUAGCCUUUUUACUGGAUGUCAAUGCAAUAACUGCAUUUGAUAUUUCUUCUUAAAUUGAUUCUUAGAUUGUGUACUUUUUCAUUUUCUCUUUUUUAGUAUUUUAGACAUAGUUUAGGGAAUUUUCUAUUUGUAUUUUUAAUCACUCUUCCGUUUUUAUCAAUUUAUCUAUUUAUCAAUACGCGCAAACUGUUUUAGAUUUUUAUCCUUCUUAAUUCUUAGUUUUUAAUUGUCAAUCACUUUAACAUGAGCCUUCGCCUCGGGAGACUGGGUAACCACUCCCUGUGUGAUUCACAUUAAAUAAAUAAUCUUAUCCUAUCCCAAAAUGCACCUUGUUUGCCUCCCAAAAUUGUGCAUAAACAUUGUUAUCAAUUUCUCUUGGGACGGCUGUAAUACCCGGGAGAAAUGAAAAACAAAGUUUAUGCAAAACAAGGUGUAUUAUGGGACAUGUGCAAAUGGCGAAUGCAGCAAUGUCCGAGUUCGGUUCGCAGGUGUGUCCUCAAAUUCUUGUUUCCAUUUUCCCCUUUCCGUUUAGCUUUAAGUAAGUAGCUUCAAGUACCCUUCAAAUUUUAAACAAAUUUCAAAAGCGAAUACAGUGCAUUAGGGACCUUAAGCAACGACUACGACGACGGCAGUGAAAACAUCAGUAAAAAAAUGAAUUUGGGUCCUUUCAAACUUUAUCGCGUCUAUUUGGAACCGCUCAAUUAUUCUAAUAUAGGCGACUUCAGUUUCCUGGAGUUGAAUUCUUAAGGGCUUUGUCCAUGUUCAAAUAGAGAAGGGAAAAUUUGUCGUAGUAUGUCCACCUCGUCGGUAAAUCGUCGCAUUGAGAGGUUUUCACGUCGUAGUCGUGCAGUAGACGUCAAGGAAAUGUACUAAAAAGCGUGAUGCACGUGCAGAGCAGUUGUUUUGCUCGUAAAACCAAUUUUUUUUUUGACGUUGUUUUCGUCGUUGCUUAAGGUCUCUAAUAAUAUGAUGUAAACUGCUGAGAAUACAUAUCAUACUUAUCUUCAUACUUUGCAGAAUACCAGUUGUAUUAGAAAGCCGUAGGUCAUCUCAGGAAGGGAGGAGGGGGGCGGUGCGCACCCCUGCACACUCCCACUAGAUCCGCCCCUGGGCGUAUAGUUUUAGACAUAUUGAUUAAUGGAAAAAUGUGUUUGCAGAAUGAAUCCAUAGAUUUGUACACAUUAAAAACAAUGCAUGCUAUUUGUAGAGAAUUAGGUAAUGCUAGCUUCAUUCAGAAAUACAAUAUACUCAUAGUUAUUCAUAUUUUUACAUAUUUCUUCUUCUGUUUAGCUACGAUUUGCACCUAGUUACUCGUGACGUUAGACGGUAUAUUGUAACUCAUCCGUGA